ACAGAUACGAAGAUGAAAUAGCAAAUUGAUUAGAUUAUUAUUUGUUGUGUUUACUCGUAUAAAUAUGAAAAGUCGCAGACAAGAAACCAUCAUAAACCAAUAAUAUUUCCAACAAGUAUUAACAACUAAAAUCUGAAACAACAUGCGUGCCUUCAUUGUCCUGUGUUUAGUGGCUGCAGCCUCUGCUGAUAAAUUGGGCUACAACUAUCGCCCAGUGGGACACUCCGACUCUGGACUAUCCUUUGCACCAGGUGGUUCCUCAGGAAGCAUUGGUGGACUCGGUGGUUUGGGAGGCUCUGGCGGUCUGGGUGGAUUAGGUAGCGGUGGCAGUAUCGGUGGACUUGGCGGACUCGGUGGUUUGGGCGGUCUUGGCGGUUCAAGCGGUGGUUUGGGUGGUCUUGGCGGUUCAGGUGAUAUCGGUAGCUCCGGCAGCGUUGGACCAUCAUACUCCGCUCCCGCUCAAGCUGAAUUCAAUAAGGAAUUCUUCUCCUACUCCGCUCCCGAACAUGAAUUCGAUGAUGCUGAUGCCAGCCAAGAUGUUGCCAACUCACUGAAGAAGAACCUCCGUGUUAUCUUCAUCAAGGGACCCGAAAACCGUGGACUCGAGAAUGCUGCCCUCCAAUUGGCUAAACAUGCUGCUAACGAACAAACCGCCAUCUAUGUUUUGCAGAAACAGAGCGAUAUCGGAGAUUUGGCUAAGAAACUCAACUCUAUCCAAGGCCAGAGCGCACACAAACCCGAAGUUCACUUCGUCAAAUACCGCACCCCUGAGGAUGCUGCCAACGCACAACGUGCUAUCCAAUCGCAAUACGACCAAUUGGGCGGUAGCUCCCAAGCUCAUGACGGUGGUGUUGCCCCAGUGCACAACUUCGCUUCCCAAGCUCCAGUUCAAGCACCAGAAGUACAUGCUCCACGCAACGCCUACUUGCCCUCUUCCAUCAUCCGCGUUUAAGUAGAAUUGGUAUAAAACCAGAUCACACUUGUUGUUACCUACUUUGUUUAAUUGAAAGAACUGAUUUGUUAAGUUUGUUAUACGAAACGUUUGAACCAAGUUAUGAAUAUGGACGACGCUUAUUAUUGUUAUUGUUACUUAAUAU